ACAGAAAUUAUGUUAUAAUUUGAAAACCAUUCAGUAAACUUAUUUUAUUUCUAAAAUUUUAUAAUUUUUCAAAAUUUUGGUUUUUCUAUUGCCAUAUAGCAAAUAUUAUGGCUGCAUUAGCCAUUUUAACAAAGCUUAUCAGCCUCGUAUGCGUAUUUUUAUUGAUUAAUGGAGCCGAAGCAACUCCAAUAAAAAAGCUCUCCAUUGACAACGUUCCAUAUUUGGGCACAUUACGCGAUGCACUUAAAGAGUCCACUAGAGCUAGCAGUGGAUUUUUGUGCGUGGCGACUAUUAUUCAUAAUCGUGUGCUUGUCACACCAGCUGUAUGUAUAUAUGGACAAAGACGACAAGAUCUGGUGGUUGUAGUGGGAAAUACGUUCAUUAGAGGUGUCAGUCCAACAAUGAAAGUGUUGGCUAUCGAAACUUGGAGAUGGCAUGCACGGUAUAGAUUUGGGGAAAUGGCAUACAAUAUUGGAUUGGUCUUCACUGCUCGCGAUAUAACGCCCAAACAUGGGGUUAUCGCAUAUGCUGCCAUUAACAGAAGCAAAUUAAUACCGCAUACCGAAUGUUUAUUCCUUGGAUGGAGUAGAACUUCUGUUAACUCGAAACUAAUGAUGAACCCUCCGAUUGCAUUUUUUGCAUGGAAUACCUUCAAUAUAGAUUGCUAUAAGAUCACUUCUACUGCUGGUGUGAUGUGCUCCUACGUACCACAUAUGAAGGAAUUUAAAAAUAAAACUGAAGAUCUAGGUAACCCGAUAAUAUGCAACGGUAAACUUUCUGGUGUAUUCCUCGAAAGGCGUGGGGAGAUCUCAACGUAUAUAGAUAUAUAUUCAUUUAGGAAAUGGAUAAACGGAGCCAUUUACAUCCAUUUCCAUUCAGCCACAUCGCCUCUUCGAUCAAUUUGCUGUCGGUGGCUUUUUGUGUUGGCCAUUAGCAUUUUUUUUAUCUUCAGCUAACAACGUGAAUGUGUAUAAUUCCCAUAUAUGAUUUUAAUUUUAUUUUACAUAAAUAAUGUUGUACUGUA